CACUUUUGACCAGGAAAGGAGCACCGGCCAGCAGGGUCUUCUGUUAGUGGGAGCACCACGUUCGCACAGCCACCUCUCGCCAGUGGAGACUGGUCUCUGCCGCCCCUAGCUGUCUCUCCCCCUCAUCUUGAGGAGGUUCUAGCCCUCACUUCGUCGUCUCUAUUGUUGAUUUUUCUUUUUACUAUAAGCUGAGGGGGACUUGAGAAGUCCUGAGAGAGGCGAAACGAUGACAGCUGUUGAGACCCAAAUGACAUAUGCCAACUCCUAUACUAUCACCCAUGAAGAAACGUACAUGACCCAGGAGGAAGACUGGGACAGGGACCUGCUCCUGGACCCUGCCUGGGAGAAGCAGCAGAGGAAGACCUUCACAGCUUGGUGUAACUCCCACUUGAGGAAAGCCGGGACACAGAUUGAGAAUAUAGAAGAGGAUUUCAGAAAUGGCCUCAAACUCAUGCUGCUGCUGGAGGUCAUAUCAGGCGAGAGGCUGCCCAAACCCGACAAAGGAAAGAUGCGUUUCCAUAAGAUCGCCAACGUGAAUAAAGCUCUGGACUUCAUCUGCAGCAAAGGGGUCAAACUGGUGUCUAUUGGUGCUGAGGAAAUUGUUGACGGUAAUGUGAAGAUGACUCUUGGUAUGAUCUGGACCAUCAUCCUGCGUUUUGCUAUCCAGGACAUCUCUGUGGAAGAGACUUCUGCCAAGGAGGGUCUGCUGCUCUGGUGCCAGAGGAAGACUGCCCCCUACAGGAAUGUCAAUGUUCAGAACUUCCACAUCAGCUGGAAGGAUGGCCUUGCCCUGUGUGCCCUCAUCCACAGACACAGACCUGACCUCAUCGACUACUCCAAACUGAGAAAGGACGACCCAGUUGGUAAUCUGAACACUGCCUUUGAAGUGGCUGAGAAGUUCCUGGACAUCCCCAAGAUGCUUGAUGCUGAGGAUAUUGUGAACACACCCAAACCCGAUGAGAAGGCCAUCAUGACCUACGUGUCCUGCUUUUAUCAUGCCUUCGCUGGAGCCGAGCAGGCUGAGACAGCCGCCAACCGUAUCUGCAAAGUGCUGGCGGUCAACCAGGAGAACGAGAAGCUGAUGGAGGAGUACGAGAAGCUGGCCAGUGAGCUGCUGGAGUGGAUCCGCCGCACCAUCCCCUGGCUGGAGAACCGCGUGGCCGAGCAGACCAUGCGCGCCAUGCAGCAGAAACUGGAGGACUUCCGUGACUACCGCCGCGUCCACAAGCCGCCCCGCGUGCAGGAGAAAUGUCAGCUAGAGAUCAACUUCAACACGCUGCAGACCAAGCUGAGGCUCAGCAACAGGCCCGCCUUCAUGCCCUCUGAGGGCAAGAUGGUGUCGGACAUUGCCAAUGCCUGGAAGGGUCUGGAGCAGGUGGAGAAGGGCUACGAGGAGUGGCUGCUGACCGAGAUCCGCCGUCUGGAGAGACUGGACCACCUGGCUGAGAAGUUCAAGCAGAAAUGUGCCAUGCACGAAUCCUGGACCGGAGGUAAGGAGGAGCUUCUGUCCCAGAAGGACUACGAGUCGGCUUCUCUGAUGGAAAUCAGAGCCUUGAUGAGAAAGCACGAAGCUUUUGAGAGUGACCUCGCUGCUCACCAGGACCGAGUGGAGCAGAUCGCCGCCAUCGCCCAGGAGCUGAAUGAGCUGGAUUACCAUGAUGCUGCUACAGUCAAUGCCCGCUGUCAGGGUAUCUGUGACCAGUGGGACAACCUGGGGACCCUCACCCAGAAGCGGAGAGACUCCCUGGAGCGUGUGGAGAAGCUGUGGGAGACCAUCGACCAGCUUUACCUGGAGUUCGCCAAGAGGGCAGCGCCCUUCAAUAACUGGAUGGACGGAGCCAUGGAGGACCUGCAGGACAUGUUCAUUGUCCACAGUAUUGAGGAGAUCCAGAGUUUGAUCACAGCUCACGACCAGUUCAAGGCCACUCUGCCCGAGGCCGAUAAGGAGCGCAUGGCCACCAUCGGCAUCCACAACGAGAUCCUGAAGAUCGCUCAGACCUACGGCAUCAAGCUGUCUGGAAUCAACCCCUACACCAACCUGAGUCCUCAGGACAUCGGCACCAAGUGGGACACUGUGAAGCACCUCGUGCCGCUCAGAGACCAAAUGCUUCAGGAGGAGGUGGCCCGACAGCAGGCCAACGAGAGGCUGAGGCGCCAGUUUGCUGCUCAGGCCAACAUCAUCGGGCCCUGGAUUCAAACCAAGAUGGAGGAGAUUAGCCACGUGUCGGUGGACAUCGCCGGCUCCUUGGAGGAACAGAUGAACAGCCUGAAGCAGUACGAACAGAACAUCAUCAACUACAAGUCCAACAUCGAUAAGCUGGAGGGAGACCACCAGCUCAGCCAGGAGUCCCUCAUCUUCGACAACAAGCAUACCAACUACACCAUGGAGCAUGUCCGCGUGGGCUGGGAGCAGCUGCUCACCACCAUCGCCAGAACCAUCAACGAGGUGGAGAACCAGAUCUUGACCCGCGAUGCCAAGGGCAUCAGCCAGGAACAGCUGAAUGAGUUCAGGGCCUCCUUCAACCACUUCGACAGGAAGAGAAACGGCAUGAUGGACCCAGAUGACUUCCGUGCCUGUCUGAUCUCCAUGGGUUAUGAUCUGGGUGAGGUUGAGUUUGCCCGUAUCAUGACCCUGGUUGACCCCAACAACACCGGCGUGGUGACCUUCCAAGCCUUCAUUGACUUCAUGACCCGUGAGACCGCCGAGACCGACACCGCGGAGCAGGUCAUGGCUUCCUUCAAGAUUCUGGCCUCAGACAAGAGCUACAUCACAGUGGACGAGCUGCGCAGAGAGCUACCGCCUGAUCAGGCAGAGUACUGCAUCAGCCGCAUGACCAGAUAUGUCGGACCCGACGCUGCCCCCGGCGCCCUGGACUACAUCUCCUUCUCCAGCGCCCUCUACGGAGAGAGUGACUUAUAAACACCACCUCCCCAUCUUCUAUUUCUCCUGUUAGGAGAGUUUUGUUUAGCCCUUCCACUGCCCUCCUAAACGCUUUAUUAUCUUAUUCCUCUCUCAAAUUUGAACUUUCUCCCCCCCUAAUUCCCCGUCUUCCCGCCCAGAGAGGAAGAGGACACAGAACUUUGCUCAGACAUUUAAAACGAUGUAUCACAAAGUUACAAAAGUAAAUAUUAAACACAGAGCUGUUUGAGCAAACCCUCCUGCCCUCCUCCUCUUUAACAAUUUCAUUUUUGUGGAAGGGUAAUUAAAGAAGAAAAUGUGAUUAAAAGCUGGUUGGUCAGUUGGCGUGGUUGGUUGUGUAUUUGAGCAGAUGCAUGCGACGUUAACGUUUAGAAAACCACACAGCAUCUGUAGGAACCUGUCAGCAGUCAGAGGAGUCAGAGCAGGUCAGGUGUUUUUAUCACAGAGGCAAAUGUCUCAGUGUGAAAAUAAAUAAAUUCAUAAAUAAAUGACAGUGAAACCCAGAAAUCCUUAAGAAACCCAGGAACAAACCAGAGCACCAAAAUAUUAAGGUGAAGACAGAGAGAAAAGCACUGUGGGUAAAUGUGACGGCGACCAUGGCGACUCGAGAAUGGAAAUGGAAGGAUCCACAUCCCUCCUCUGUUCACACUCUAGUUUAGAGUGCGUGUGAGUUAAAGAGAGAGAUGAUGUCAGCAGGGAGGAAACAGGAAGUAGAAAACUAAAGAAGAAUCAGCGGGACGGGACCACAGUCAGGAAGCACAAAAGGUUCUGGUCCCAUUAAGGAAAACAAUACGACAGGUCAGCCAUGAUAACCAGUGUGAGUCGACUCCUCUGAGCAUGUUUGAUGGUUUUUGAGUUUCACCGUUGCUCCAUUCCCCUCCUCUUCCUCCCCUCUAAUCAUUCUGUCAAAAAACAAAACUGGCAUUUAAAUGGUUCCAUUUUUGAAAAACUCAAUUGAAAUAAAAGGGAAAAUUAUGGUAUUAA